CUUUAUUUUCUGCUUAAUUGGACCAAACGAAGCCCUCAAGUCACGCAACCUUCGUUCAGAACUUGGGAGUAGCAGAUGUCAGUCUCUCUCUUACGCAACCUUCGGACUCACCCGUCUGAGUUAGCAGUCUCACGGCGGCGAUUGCGCCUCUCAGGCACAACCAGCAACAGCGACGAAACCAGCUUCUCGGCAUUCAACACCGGAUUCGUCAUCGUUUUCAAUUUCGUGAAUCAAAUAAAAAAUAAUGGCAAAGACAAAAUCUGCACUGAGGAGACAAAGAAGAAAAGGAAAAGCUGAAGAAAUAGCACGCACAGGUACUGAUCAUGCAUGCAUAAGUGCUGACCUAAUCAGCAAUCUCCCAGAUAAUCUGCUAUGUUCAAUCAUCUCACUGCUUCCUGCAAAAGAUGCCGUUGCAACUUCCAUCUUGUCUCGCCGGUGGAGGCCGCUCUGGAGGUUCCUUGUUCGCCUCGAUUUCGACCCACAAAUCAUCAAAGAAGGUCAAAAUUUGGUUAUGGAGGAUUUAAUUCCAUUAGAAAUCAUAGAAGACGUAAUCUCGUCUCAACGGACCAAUGUAACCGUCUGCAGGAUUACUCACUGCCCGGACGACUGGCCGUCCCAGCCGUUGCUGAAAUUGAUGGACAAAGGAAUAGAAAAGCUCAUUCUCACUUCUAUAAAUGAUGGGUCAAAGUGCUAUUAUGAGCCUAUAUUGCCCGCGGGUGUCUUCCGGUGUGAAACUCUCCGUGCUCUCCAACUCAAUAACUACAAACUCAGAUCCGAGUCCGUUGUGGCUUUCGAAGGUUGCGUGAAUCUCACCACUCUAAAAUUUAACUCGGUUCGAUUGGACCCUGAUAGUCUUUCCACAAUCAUAUCUAACUGUGAAUUCUUGGAGAGUUUGUGCCUACGUUCUUGUACUGGAUUAGAUUAUCUUAUAAUUAAUUCUGAUGACAUGUACUUGAAGUUUUCGGAACUCCGGAACUUACAGACAGGGCAGAUGCAUAUAUGUGCUAAGGGUGUCACUGAUCUAGUGCUUAAUGAUGUUAAAUGCUCCGAAAUGUUUUAUAUUAACUGCCCAAACCUUAGAGUAUUUCGAUCUUAUUGCCAAAAUAUUGCAAAUCCAGAUAUUCUCAAACGAGGUCUGCUGAGUCGAAGUGCUAAACGUGGAGAAGACUAUCUUUCUCUCGAGGAUCUGCGCGUGCUAUGCACUGAAUUAGACUUGAAUGACGUGAGACACCAUGUCUUACUCUCUUCCAUCUUUAGAGUGAGCCUCUAUUUACAAAAAAUUGACAUCACAAAUCGGGCCCGCUGCAGGGAUAAUACAGAGUUCGAUCUUCCAUAUUUUGAGUUUUGGGAAAUAUCUGAGGUGUUCGAUAGCAUAACUUAUCAUCUCAGGACAGUGAGGAUAAGGGGUUUUACAGGAAAAGAGAGAGAAAUGAGUCUUGCUUCUCAUCUAAUCAAGAAUGCUACUAAGUUGAAGAAAAUUGUGAUACAAUGCGACGAUAACUGUUCGCUAGAAGGAGCAUUAGCCGCGAAUGAGUUGCAAUCGCUGCCAAGGUCCUCCGUUGAUGCUCAUGUAAUCCUGCAACCAGGGCACAAGUUUAUGACCAAUGUACUGGCCUCGAAAGAGCUUAUAACCGAUGAUGUUGAGGUUCUUUUUCAACAUUGGGUUUCCUCACUUGUUGAACAUCACUUUUAAUUUCAAAAUUUAUAUUAUCGUCAUUAUCAUCUGGAUUUUAGUAUGGAAUAUGAAUGGAGAUAUGGGGGAGUUUGGAAGAA